UUAAAGUAUCAAAUGACAACAAAAACUAACAGUGACCGCAGAAACAAUGCAGGAUAUUCACAUUGAAGUAUAAAAAUAUAUCGCAGCAAAACACACAUCCUAGUCCUUAUCCAUUUAAAGACAAUCACAAUUUUCCCAGCUCAUAUGCACUCUAUUUGUAUUUGCAUUUACAGGACGUCAAAUAGCACAUUAUUUUCCAUGUGGGUUAAACACUAAACGUGCUUGGAAGACUGGAUUUGAUAUAGCGUGUGUAAUCAAAAAUAGUGUUUCAUUUUGAAAGUUCUGACAGGAAGUCUUGUUCUUCAUUCUGCGUGGCUUGACGCUGUCCAAGCAUGUUAGCUUUCCGUCCUGAUGAAAAUAUCAAAGUGUGUAGUGUCCUUGUAUUCUGUCAGCGAGCGGAGCUGUUGCGGUCAGUCCCGGAGCCUCAGUGGAGCACAGAGCGCAGAGUGUCCGGCCUGCAGUGUCACUGUCCCCGGACGUCAGGAACCAUAGUGUCCCGGCUCUGACUGACUGAUCCCCGGCACGCGGAGCCGCUUUCUCCUUGGAUGACCUACACGCAACCUCUCGCACGACCAGCGGACGUCGGUUCACUACAGCUGAACACCUGCUGGGUAGUAGGAGAAGCGGGGUACGCAUUAACACACAGCGGACAACAAGUCAAAGCGAGUCUCCUGCAGGUUUCAGGCCGACUCUGGAGCAGCUGACCUGGGGAACUAAAGACGACGCUGCGAUUUCCCCCCCAUCGUGGCUGCGUCAGGAGGAGCGGGCAGAGGACUGGAAGUUGCAGAGUUGACAGUCGCCUCAUAACGUUACCUGACAAGACAGACAGCCUUACAGCACAGACACUACAGAGUUUCUGGAGGUUACUGGCGCUCACAUGAUGUACACAAUCACCAGAGGUCCCAGCAAACUUGUUACACAACGGAGGACAGGUCCCACACAACAAAUCGAGAGCAAAUUCAGCGACUUGAAGCUCAAGCCAACGUCUUGGCUCUCAUCGAACUCUCCGCCCCCAAAGAUUGUGUUCAACCGUCUGAACGGGAAGCGCUACCACAGCGGGGCCACACAGAAGACCUCCAGCCCAGCAGAGGGAUUCACUCCCGCACAUGAAGAGAACGUCAGAUUUGUGUAUGAAGCAUGGCAGGAAGUGGAGCAGAAGCUGGGGGGGGGUGGAGGGGAGCCAACUGACUGCCAGGGACCCAUUCAGUAUGCUGAGAAGACUCCCAGUGCUGAGAUGAAGAACUUUGUUCCCAUAGACUUGGAGGAGUGGUGGGCUCAGCGCUUCCUUGCCAACAUUGCCAACCUGUCAUGACCGGGUGAGGCUUUGAGCCGGGACAGGACGCAUCCCGAAGGUGGACAGGAGGCGAGUCAGUCUCCAGGAUAUGCGGUGCAAAAGGGUCAUGCGUAAUUUGGAAUCUGAUUUGAUGCCCUGUGCUUCACGCCGCUGUAGAGAAAACUGGUUGCACAAAACAACUCCUCCCCCCCGGUGCAACAACAGCAACCUGACUGUGGAUUUGACAGUGUUGACGCAUGGUUGUGCUGCUAUGAAGGAACAGUCUCUCGCUACUUCAAUGACAUAUCGGAUAGAAGCAGAGUUUGAAGAACCUGCCUCCUUGCUCAAGUGUGCUGAGCUGUAUGAAUGUCAUAGCUGUUCUUUUAUUAGGAAUCUAUUGAAGAGCAAAAAAAGUAAAAUGUUUUUCAAAAAUG